CGCUGUCAGCAACACAGUGAGCACACCGCUACCGAGCCGGCAGGGAGAAAGAAUGUGAACAAGGUGGCUUUAUGUUUUAACUGUUGUCCGUUUCUCUGGCGAAAAAAAACCCACAAUCAGAGACAUCAGUAACAUGAGGUUAUUUUUUCGGAUUUUAUUCAAUUUUUGUGAGCCUUUUUUUUCCACGCUUUCUCAGAGAUGGAUUGGAAGCAGCAUUGCGAAGAAUGAGUGAGUGAGGACGGAGCAUCAUUUACCUUCACCGGAAAUUCAUUUUUGAUGACACCGUUCGGAAACACUACUCUGAGUGUAUGGGAGUAUUUUUCGACGAAACGACAUUGUUUUUGGGAACAACACCUUGGACAUCAUGAGCUCUAAUGCGUAUCGCCGAGGCUCAAUGGGAGGCGAGCCAAGUGGUGGGCCAAUUCGGUGUCAACGGUGUCGAGAAUUGUGCAAAGGAGAGGUGGUUCGAGUUCAAGAGACCCACUUUCAUGUCAAGUGUUUCACCUGCACAGUGUGUAACUGUGAUCUGGCGAGGUCCGGCUUCUUCCAGAAGAAGGGCGAGUACAUCUGCACAGCAGACUACCAGCGACUGUAUGGCACACGGUGCGACCGUUGCGACAACUUCAUCACAGGGGAGGUGGUCUCCGCUCUGGGACGGACUUACCACCCCAAGUGCUUUGUCUGCAGCGUCUGCAGUAAACCCUUUCCCAUCGGAGACAGAGUGACAUUCAGUGGAAAGGACUGCGUGUGCCAGCACUGCUCUGGCUCACUGGCCAAGCCAAAUGAACCUAUCAAAAUCCACGGGCCCAGUCACUGUGCCGGAUGUAGAGCAGAGAUCAAGCAAGGUCAGUCUCUCUUGGCGCUGGAGAAGCAAUGGCACAUCAGCUGCUUUAGAUGUCAAACGUGCAACAUGGUCCUCACCGGAGAGUACAUCAGCAAGGAUGGAGUGCCAUACUGCGAGGCGGACUACCAUGCCCAGUAUGGGGUGAAAUGCGAGGGCUGCUGCCGAUACAUAAGUGGAAGGGUUCUGGAGGCUGGGGGGAAGCACUACCAUCCAACCUGUGCCCGCUGUGCUCGCUGCAACCUGAUGUUCAAAGAGGGAGAGGAAAUGUAUCUGACAGGGUGUGAGGUGUGGCACCCGUUAUGCAAGCAAGCAGCGAGAGCAGAGAGGAGGCUCAGGCACAGACGCCUGUCAGAGACCUCCAUCUCUCCUCCAGGCUCAUCCAUUGGCUCUCCCAAUCGGGUUAUAUGUGCCAGAUUGGCGAAUGAGUUCCUAGAUUAUAAGGACCUAGCUGCCCUCCCAAAGAUCAAGGCCAUAUAUGAAGUCCAGCAGCCAGACCUGAUAUGCUCCUCAUACCAGCCGUACCAGAGAUACACCUCUGAUGACAGGCUAGACAUGACUUACAGCUAUGGGGAGUCACUUGGGACACUAUCUCCCUAUUCUCAGGACUAUGAUUGCCUGGACAUGAAGCACAGGCGAUGCUCCAGUCCAGGUUACAUUGACACCCCAAACUACAGUCGUCAAGGCAUGUCACCCAUCAUGCCUCGCUCUACGCAGCACUUUGGUUAUCCUGGACCUGAGAGUGGAAGGAGCUCACCAUACUACGGCCAAGAGGGACGGUCCAGCACACCGACCGUCAUCCAGCCCCCAAAACAUUUUCACGUACCAGCCUCAGGGGAGCCCAACAUCUACAGGAAGCCUCCCAUCUAUAAGAGAACGGCAACCAAAAGUAGGACCAGUGAGGAUAUCCUGACAUCCUCCCAACUCUCCACCUAUUCUCCUGAGCCAUACACCCAGUCGGAGUGUGACUACUACCCAUACGGCAGCUCCCCCAGGGCCUAUCGGGUACCACGGAGACGGUUCUCAACAGGGGGAGAUGAAGAGAGUUGGAGUCACGGUCUUCAAAGAAUUGGGAGUGGCAUAGGGAGGAUGAUCCUAAAGGAGGAGAUGAAAGCCAGAUCUGGUUCCUAUGACAACGACCCCUGGGGCAGUGCAAGGAAUUCUCGGAGUGGGAGCAAGGAAACCCUCAACACUACAGGCUACAACGCCACGACUUACACCAUUAAUGGAUCUCCCCGAUCUCAAUACAGCACUGACGGUGAUUAUGUGUGCAAGUCUGCGUCACUUCCAGGCUAUGGACGCAAUGGGAUACAACGGCCUCAGAGUGCCGACUGCUACCAGUACCAGUACGACAGUAGCAACGAAGUCAACUGGGGAAGCCGAGCGGAUUACAAGAUUUACCCCUAUGAAGCGCUCAUUGUUACCACCAGGGGGAGGAACAGGCUUCCCAAAGAUGUGGAGAGAGCCAGACUGGAGCGUCACCUGUCCCCAGAGGAGUUUGUCCAAGUGUUUGGCAUGACCAUCGAGGAUUUCGACAGGUUGGCUUUAUGGAAGAGGAAUGAGCUCAAGAAACAGGCCCGACUCUUUUAAUAGCGCGUGGACAUCCGUUAAAUGCUGCCAUACAUUUCGAGAGGAACUGAUCAACUACGGAGAUUUCUGCACCGUUUCACUGCCAUGGCUGAGAACCUGUUCUAGAUCUCGUCGAGCAAUCAACCAAGUUGUGGCCACACCGGCACCGACUCGUGUGAUUCAGAGACCUGUCUGCACAGGAACAGUGCUCGUGUGUUCACGUGCUGGAGUGAUCUGUAAGCAAUACAGACUGGGAAGUGGAGAUGCCAUCUUGUGCUUUUCUUUAUUGCGAAAGGACUGAGGAAGGCACGUCCGCACCAUACGAAAUCAAAAUAAAUCAAUAAAUAACUACAUCGGUUGCCCAACUUUGACACCGUGAGGAGAAUUUUGGCUUUGCCUUAUUUGUUACGCUUUUUACAUAUAUUUUAUGAGUGUGCAGCACCAGCAAUCUGAAUAAGUAGAAUGUAGUUGAAGUAUUACAAUUUUGUCACUUUAUUAGUGCAAAGGAUACACGAUGGAUGAGAAUUAGAAUGUUUGCUUUGUUUUUUUUUUUUUUUUGCAUUCUCAUUACUUCUUCCCCCAGAUUUUGCACUUUGACUAAAAAUACGGUGUUGCUUUGUACUGACUAAUAAUAAGAAACAACGAGCAGUGGAAAGUACUUUCAAACGUAUUUGACUUACCGGUACAAUAAAUUUGAAAAAACCAAAGUGAGCAAAUACAGAUUUGCAGGACACCGAUGUCAAGGUUGCAUGAUUUAAAACGAAUGGCAAUGCAUUUACUGUGUCGUUACAUUUGACAACGUGCGAUACACUUCACCGAUAACAGAAGACAAGCCACCGACACCAUGUUAUCUUUCCGUUUGUUUUGGAGUUAAUUGCACUAGAGCGUUGCAGACAGCGGUCACCCAAACAGAUACAAAAGGAAUAUCUAAUAAUUUUGUAGCUAUACAGGGGUUAUGAUCGCUAAUGAAAAAAAAAAUGCUGAGCAAGGAUUUCUCCCAUGUUGCUUAAAAUUCUGGGUUGUUGACAUUUUUUCCUUUGAACACUGUUAUUUUGGAUUUUGUUACUAAAAUUAAACUUACACUCUCUGUCUCUC